UUUUAACCAGCGAAAUUAAAAUCCCUUACCCAAUGCAACCCAGUCAAAUCUGCAGCAAUAUCAUCAUCCCGAGAUCGCCGCCCGAAGCACUACGCAUUAAAUCCAAAUCCAAAUCUAAGAGCAAAUCCAAACCCAAACCCAAACCCUUAGCCCUCACCCUAUACAAAAAUGCAUUCAAUUCCCAACCCCUUCCCUUGAACAUGCACUUCCCUGCCCCGAGAAGGUCCACCACUACGCUUCCCAAUCGCGCUGUCAAAAUGCGACCCCCGAAACGGCUUCGCAUGCCACAUGCGGAGGAUCUCCGCCGCUCUCCUAGGUUGAAUUCUGCUCUGGCCACUGUUGGAAGUGGCAAUGCGGGUUCUAGAGAGAGAGAGAAAGCUCGGACACCGUCCUCGACGAGUUGUUCGGGUUAUCUUGUAAAGCGGCAAAGGUCUAGGGGUCCAGAAUUACCAUUGAAUGCUGACCUGAAGGACCAAAAAACAUUUUUGGAUGGGAAAUGCUUUCAGGAAAAGAGCUUUCGGAGAUCCCCGAGACUGGCAUCAACUCAUUUUGAAUGUGAAAGAAUCUGUCAAAAGACAUCACCACAGACGAUGUUGGUGUCCCUUGCAGAGGACAACCAUGGAGUUUCAUUAAGCAAUGAAUCCAAUAUUCAUUCAUAUGCCAAGCCAGGUCAUCUUUCCUUUCAAAUGGAAACCAAACAUUUCAAUAAUUCUGAUGGGAAGUUCGUUGGUGAGAAGCACUUGAGAAAGUCCCCAAGAAAGUUCUUUGGUGUGAAACUGUACAGUUCUCUGGGGGUUAGGAGAUCUCCAAGACUUUCAUCUUCCAGUGGAAGUAAAAACAUGGAAAUUAAUGCUCUUCAAGAAAAAAGAAUGUCAAAAGUAGUUCACCAAAAGAAAACAAAUACAAAAAUGAUUUCUAUUUCCAUUGAAUUGUCUAAUUCACCAGUUGAGCAGCAUUCCAAGGUUAAAACCAUCUCAAGAAGCUCUACCCCUAGAGUUCAUGAUACAAAACGCUUGAGCUGCUCUUCAGAGGCAAACACAUCCUCAUCCUGGGUUGAAAAUGGCAGAAUAACAUGUAAUUCCUCUGCGUUGUUGCCUGAGUUAGAUGACAAGCCGCCAAGAAAGAAAAAUAGAACAUCUAUUUCUUCAACAAAGGAACUUAUGAAUUCAGAAUGCAAUCCUUCCUUUGUUGGUGAUCCUAUACCUGAUGAUGAAGCUCAAAAAAGAUGGGGAUGGCGUUAUGAUUUAAAGGACAAAAAAUUUAGAGAUAAAAAGUUCAAAGUAAACGAGGGUGAAGAAGAUGAGAUUAUUGUAAAUGUCAAAUGCCAUUAUGCACAAGCUGAAAUUGAGAAUUGCAUUUUUAGUCUUGGCGAUUGUGCAUUUAUAAAAGGUGAAGGAGGGAAAAAUCACGUUGGAAAGAUUAUUGAAUUUUUCCAAACAACUGAUGGUCGAAAUUAUUUCCGAGUCCAGUGGUUUUAUAGAAUUCAAGAUACAGUUGUCCAAGACGAAGGUGGUUUCCAUGACAAGAGGCGUUUAUUCUAUUCAUCAAUAAUGAAUGAUAACUUAAUAGAUAGCAUAAUAGGAAAAGCUAAUGUUACACAAAUAAUGCCUAGGGUUGGUCUGAAGUUGGCUUCAGUUUUACCAUCUGACUUCUAUUAUGAUAUGGAGUAUUCUGUGGAUUACUCUACAUUCCACAAUAUACCAACAGAGGCCUCUACAAUAAUUGAGAGUCUACCCUGUUCUGAGUUGCACAAGACAGAAUUAGAAUUACUAGAUCUCUAUUCUGGCUGUGGUGGCAUGUCAACUGGAUUGUGCUUAGGUGCCAAAACUUCAUCAGUUAACCUUGUGACGAGAUGGGCUGUUGAUAGUGAUAGGUCUGCUAGUGAAAGCUUGAAACUAAACCAUCCAGAUACAUAUGUGCGAAAUGAAUCUGCUGAGGACUUUCUGGAACUAUUGAAGGAGUGGGGAAAACUAUGCAAACGGUAUAAUGCUGAUAAUGCAGAAAGAUCACUUCCAUUACGAUCAAAUAGUUCAGGAGCAAAGAAACAAGUGAAUUCUGAAUCUUGUCAUGAGCUUGCUGGUGAAUUUGAAGUUUCUAGGUUAGUCGAUAUUUGCUAUGGUGAUCCCAAUGAAACUGGGAAACGUGAUCUACAUUUGAAGGUGCAUUGGAAAGGUUACGGUGCAAGUGAAGACACAUGGGAACCAAUUAAAAGCUUAAGCAAAUGUACGGAAAGCAUACAGGAUUUUGUGAGAAAAGGAAUGGAAUCAAAGAUCUUGCCUCUUCCAGGUGAAGUUGAUGUUAUUUGUGGGGGACCACCUUGUCAAGGAAUUAGUGGAUAUAAUCGCUAUAGAAACUCUGCAUCACCAUUGGAUGAUGAAAGGAAUCGGCAGAUUGUGAUUUUCAUGGACAUAGUGAAAUUUUUGAAGCCUAAGUAUGUUUUAAUGGAGAAUGUCGUUGACAUACUGAGAUUUGACAAAGGUUCGCUUGGGAGAUAUGCAUUAAGUCGUUUGGUACAUAUCAAUUACCAAGCAAGACUAGGAAUUGUUGCUGCUGGGUGUUAUGGUCUACCCCAAUUUCGGUUGCGUGUUUUCUUGUGGGGUGCUCAUCCCAGUGAGGUUCUACCCCAAUUUCCACUGCCAACACAUGACGUUAUUGUUAGAUACUGGCCUCCACCGGAGUUUGAGCGCAAUAUUGUUGCAUAUGAUGAAGAUCAACCUCGUGAACUAGAGAAAGCUACUGUCGUUCAAGAUGCCAUCUCUGAUCUUCCUGCUGUCGAAAACUCUGAAACUCGUGAAGAAAUGCCAUAUCAAAAUCCUCCAGAAACAGAAUUUCAAAGAUAUAUACGGUCAACUAAGUAUGAGAUGAUUGGAUCAACAUUAAAUGGAACAAAAGAGAAAAGGCCUUUAUUGUAUGAUCACCGACCCUACCCUUUGUUUGAAGAUGACUACCUACGUGUUUGUAAAAUCCCAAAACGCAAGGGUGCAAAUUUUCGUGAUUUGCCUGGUAUAGUUGUAGGACCUGACAAUGUGGUUAGGCGGCAUCCAACAGAAAAUCCUUUAUUACCAUCUGGAAAGCCAUUGGUCCCAGAUUAUUGUUUCACUUAUGAGCACGGGAAGUCUAAGAGGCCAUUUGCACGGUUGUGGUGGGAUGAGAAUGUUCCUACUGCACUAACCUUCCCAAGUUGUCAUAACCAGGUUAUACUACAUCCAGAGCAGGAUCGAAUCCUCACUGUACGAGAAUAUGCCCGGUUGCAAGGAUUUCCUGAUUAUUAUCAAUUCUGUGGGACUGUGAAAGAGAGGUACUGUCAAAUUGGAAAUGCUGUUGCUGUUCCUGUUGCACGGGCUUUAGGUUAUGCCUUUGGACUUGCAUAUAGAAAGCUCAGUGGAAAUGACUCACUUGUGACCCUCCCGCCCAAGUUCUCUCACUCCAAUCAUUUUCAGUUAUCUAAUAAUCAGCCUGGCAACACUGAAUAGCAUUCAUCCUAUUCAUUUCCAUUGAUUUCAUUCUAACCAUCAAUGACAUUUAAACUUGUUGCUGAACAAUUUUCUCUUAUUUGUCUGGUAAACUCUUAUCAGCAACUCCUCUUCAGCUGAAUUGACAAUUUCAUUCAUCUGCACACCUCUUUACCUAGGAAGUUACAACAAUGUCUAGGUUUAAUUGAGAGGCCAUUUUGAGAAAUGCUCUCUUAAGGAGGUGAUUCUUUUCUUACCCGUUCUCAUGCAAGUAGACC